GACCUCGUCAAGGUCAGUUGCAACCUUGAAGAUCGAGUCCAGGUGAUCAUAAAUAAGACCAACGUAGCCUGAUCUCAGGCUCACAUUGACGCGAAAUGACGUCGGCCUCGGUUGAAUUUUCCUGCGGCGGAAAUCGAACAGUAGUUCUUUGACCAGUGUAUCUUGCAUCAUGAUAGCUUAAAUACUUACGGUGUUCGAUCUUACAGUGCAACUGUUGUUGUAUCUCAUGACCACCUGAACUUUCUCGCGAGCUAUCGGAGAGAUAUCUGAAGCAAUGCUCUAUAACCCGAUCAUUCCUGGUUUCUACCCUGACCCUAGUUGUAUCUUUGUGCCCGAAUGGGAUAAUACAUUCUUUUGUGCAUCUUCUAGCUUCAACGCUUUUCCUGGAGUGCCAAUACAUGCAAGCAAAGACUUACAGAACUGGAAGUUGAUCGGCAACGCUCUGAAUCGACCAGAGCAGCUCCCUGGUCUCGCUCAUACAAACGGAUCGACCAGUGGUGUUUGGGCACCUACCCUCCGUUACCAUGAUGGAUUGUUUUACAUAAUCACGACUAACGUGUUCGACAACAAAGCAAUUGCUGAUCCAGCGAAAUGGGACAACUUUAUAAUCAGCGCCAAAGACCCCUUUGACCCAGCGUCAUGGACAGAAGGGAUCCAUUUCCCCUUCCAGGGAUACGAUACAUCUUUAUUCUGGCAUGAAAAUGGGAAGGUGUAUGUGACAGGAUCUCAUUAUCAUAGGAUCAAAGCGGGAAUACGACAAACCACAAUCGAUCUUACUACCGGAGAACUUGGUGGUGAGUUCCAGGAAAUAUGGUUAGGGACUGGUGGCAUAGCUGUUGAGGGGCCUCACAUCUACCAGAGAGAUGGUUGGUAUUAUCUGCUUGCUGCAGAAGGGGGAACUGGUGUGAAUCACAUGGUAACCAUGGCGAGGUCUAAGGACAUCAUGGGUCCCUAUGAAGGCGACACCACGAAUCCUCUUUUGACAAAUGCGAAUACAACACAAUACUUUCAAACAGUUGGCCAUGCAGACCUCUUUCAAGACAAGUCGGAGAACUGGUGGGGUGUCGCUCUAUCUACGAGAUCGGGUCCGAAGUAUGAGAACUACCCUAUGGGGCGCGAGACUAUCAUGGUCCCAGUGACAUGGGAUGAGGGUAAGUUCCCAGUCUUCUCGAAUGCUACGGGAGCGAUCGAGACCCGGGUUCUACCAACGAAGGAUGUGGAAAUCAAAGGAACAGGUCCACUUUGCGAUGCCAGUGACAGAAUCAAUUUCACCGCUGGAAGCGUACUACCAGUUCACUUCCUUCAUUGGCGCUUUCCAGAACCAAGUGCCUAUGUCAUAUCUCCAACCGACCAUCCAAACAUACUCCAACUCACCCCUUCAAAGUUAAACCUGACUGGCCUCGACGGAGCCUCUGCAGCUACACCACAAACAUUUGUCGGCCGCCGUCAAACACACACUCUAUUCACAUACAGCGUUAUUCUUGACUAUGUGCCCAAGACAGUCAACGAGGAAGCCGGCAUCACAGCAUUCCUAACACAGAACCACCACAUCAGACUCGGCGUAACGCUUCUCCAAUCAUCGAAUCCAAUGGAACCCGUGUUGAGUCUUUCAUUUUAUGCUAUUUCGAGCAAGCCUGUUCCGGAGGCCUUCACAGUGCCCUUGCCUUUGGCGUGGCAGUCGCAGCCACUGAAGCUGGAGAUCAAGGCGUACAAUUUGACGCACUACACUUUUUCAGCUGGGCCUGCAGAUGCACAGAGUGAGAUGCAGACUUUCGCGAAUUUGAACAACGAGAUUGUUAGCUAUGGAUUCACUGGCACUCUUUUGGGUGUAUAUGCGACUAGCAACGGGGGAGAGGGCAAGACGGCGGCAUAUGUUUCCAAGUGGAGGUACACGGGGCAGGGUCAAUUUAGGGAUUAGGGGAUAUCUGAGUUGAGCACAACGAAGGAGGGUCUGGAUGCCCGGGCAAAUUGUAUGCUAUUUCCAGAAUGUCUUUUCCACAACCCUUCUGCAUUUGCUGUGCUAUGUAUCCCUUCGUCCUCGAAGAUACGAUAUUAUUACUCCUGCUCAUGACCGCCCGGGAUCGCUUCAUAUCCUGUUCUCGUCAGAUCAACCGAAAGAAGUUGAUAUGAGACUUGUAGGCGCUCGUAGAAGAUGAGUCCAAGGCCAGUUCUCACCUCCGUA